GUGAAAGAAGCGGCAUACUCUUGCGCCCUAGUGGUUGGAGACCUUUAAUUAAACCCAAAUUUUCCCUAAAAUCAACUUCUAUUUCGACUUCCGGCAACCCAAAUCCAAAUGAGAGAGAUUCAGACCACCGUCAACUCCGCCCGCUCAUCCUCCAAGAAGCGCCCCUCUUCUGUGGCUUCCGCUCCCUCCCUGCAAUUCUCCAAGAAGCGAGUUCCUCUCGGUGAUCUCACCAACUCUCCUAGUCUCAUCACGCCGUCCACUCGGAACUCGGAUCACCAGACAACCUGCAAUAGUGAAUGCAUAUUUAAGGUUGUAACUCAGAACUCUAACGUUGAAACCAGCGCGAGGCCUAAAGCCCGACUGAAGAAGAGGAAUAAAAAAGAUCCAGAGAACUCGUUAACCUCUGAGUCUACUCAGAAUUCAGAUGUUGAGGUCAAUCGGAAGACUGAAUGUAAAUUAAAGAUCAGUACUAAAAGCAACCCAGAGAACUCGCCCAGUAAGGGGUCGACUAAGGACUUGGGGUUGAGGAAAUGUUCUUACUCGUCUUCUAUAUAUGAGUAUCUUCAUUCCUUAGAGAUGGAGGACAAAAGAAGGUGCUUGUCAAAUUACAUGACGGAGGUGCAGACUGAUAUUUCAGUGAAAAUGCGAGAAGUUCUAGUGGACUGGUUGGUGGAAGUUGCUGAGGAAUACAAGCUUGUCUCUGACACCCUUUAUCUCACUGUAUCUUAUAUUGACAGAUUCCUCUCUUGGCAAGUUCUGAGCAGGAACAAUCUACAGCUUCUUGGCGUUUCUUGCAUGCUUAUUGCCUCGAAAUAUGAAGAGAUUAAUCCUCCACAUGUUGAAGAUUUUUGCUAUAUAACAGAUAACACUUACACCAAGGAAGAGGUAGUCAAUAUGGAGAAACAUGUACUUGAAUUCUUGAACUAUGAAAUGAGUACUCCUACAACAAAAAAUUUUCUCCGGAUCUUAACGAAAGCUGCUCAACAGAAUUGCAAAUCUCCUGAUUUGCAAUUUGAGUUCUUGAGUUGUUAUCUUGGGGAGCUAAGUUUGUUGGAUUAUCGCUGUCUUCGCUUCUUACCAUCAAGAGUUGCUGCAUCAGCUGUUUUUCUGUCAAGGUUCACAAUCCAACCAAAGAUGCAUCCCUGGAGUGCAGCAUUGCGAAUCUGUUCAGGUUACAAACCAUAUGACUUGAAGGAAUGUGUUCUUGCCAUCCAUAACCUGCAAUUAAAUAGAGAAGCAUGUGCUUCCCAAGCAAUAAGAGAUAAAUACUCACAACACAAGUUUAAGUGUGUGGCAACAUUGUCUUCUCCGGUAGGAAUCCCUGAGCUUUACUUUCAGGACAUUGAGGAAUAAUGGUUCAGAAGUCUCAAAAACGGUUCACUUUGAAGUUUGAAGUAGCGUUUGUUCCUUCUUUCCAUGGAUCUGAAAAUUUAAUGUCAUCCUGUUCUGGCUAAACUUGAGGCUGUCACAUGUUACUUCUGGUUGAAAUUGAGGGAAUGAAGACUUUGGCAUUAGAAUGAAAUACUGUGGCAAUCAUUAUUAGCCAGAAUUACAAUUUUUAUUGGUUGAAUUUGAUCUUAGAAUUCUAAAAGCCUCCUGUAGAUCUUGUUAAUUAGGUUGAGGCACUCAGUAUAUUGCAAUUGGAAACCCCAGAUCCUUGUAUCAACAUUUUUGGACAUAGAAUUUCUUCAGAUGUAUAGCUUUCCAUUAUUACUAUGAUUAUCA